AUGCCACUUAACACUACCGAUGACAAUAACUCGAUUACUCCAGCAAAAGCUCGUUGGAAAUUACUUUCUUCCAUAAUUUCAUCACAUGAUACGAAUUCCUUAGUGAUUCCCACAAAAUUUUCUAAAAGAAAUCAUCAGGGAUUUAACCUGUUUUCGAAAACAAAACUUGAUCAUUCUCCUUUAAAUGAUGCUGAUAAAGUCGAAAACGUUACUUUGGAAAAGAAAACCUUGACAAAUUCUGAAAUUUGCCUUGAUAAGCAUACUCCAAAAGAACAUAAUGAAUGGUAUUCUUAUUAUUUAGAUGAUAAUGAUUGUAUAAAUAUUAGAAUAAAAAUUCCUAAUUAUUACGAUGUGAAGAACAGUCUUUAUUCUAAAUAUUCUGGGUUUUUAUCUACUGGUAACAUUUGUGUUUGGCCCGCUGAAGAGGUUUUAGCCUAUUAUUCUUUAAAUAAUUUACAUAUUUUUAAAAACAAAAAUGUGUGUGAAAUAGGUGGUGGUAUGUGUGCAUUAGCAGGUUUAUUCAUUGCUGCUAAGUGUCAGCCAUCGAGUGUUACAUUAACCCUGACUGC